UAUGGGAAACCCCAAUCACAUACCAUACAGAGCAAGUCCAACUGAUAAGGGCAGGCAUUGCCACUCGUAGCCUGCUCAGUUCUGAGCAGUCGAUCGCGGUGAGAAGAAGCAGCGUUAAACCGCUUCGAAACAAUGGCCAGUGUUAAGGGGCCUGCUGUAAUCUGUUUGUUGUUGAUCCUGUUAUCAUUCGGUGAUGGUGAGCGCUUUCACUUUCCGGACAAAGCACAGCUGGAACUCAGCGAUGUUUUGAACAAGGAGUGCGGCAGUACCGAGUACGAGGAACGCGAUCGCCCCGCGGAAGGAAGACUUCAGGAAUCACCCUGGCUGGCACUGUUCUACUAUCCGGAUGAAUCCGUCCAUUUCUGCCAUGGUACACUGAUUACGCGAAGUUAUAUUCUUACAACUGCGGUGUGUGCCAGUAAUAUAGUGGUGAAUGAAACAUCCGUUGUUUUGGGAGAAUAUGAUCUGAACACCGAGCAAGACUGUGAAGGGGUCAAAUGUGCCGAUCCUGUACAGCGACGAUCGGUGGAGAAGGUGAUCAUUCACGAGGGAUAUAACCAGGAAACGUUCAUGAACGAUAUCGCUAUGAUCGUACUCGAUCGAGAGGUGCUGCUAAGUGAUUCCAUCAAACCCAUCUGCCUACCCUUGAUCAAGUUCGAAAUCGGCACGGUCAAUCAGCCAAACGUGUACAAUAGCCUGUGGACGACGUUGCAGCGUCCGCAGCAGUACUGGAUGCGGUACGUCGAGCUAGACGACUGCCGGCAACUGGUCGGGCACAAGAUCAACCUGAACGAGGGCCAAAUUUGCGCUAGAAGCUACAACAACAAAACAAUCGAGAUGACCGGUGGGGCCGGAUCGGCACUGGAAGUUGAGUACCAUAACCGCAUGUACCAGGUGGCGAUGCUGUCGAUUGGAAUUCUGGAGUCGGAAGCGGGUACUCCGUACAUCUAUGUCGACAUACCGAAGUAUGUCAAAUGGAUCCACGACACGGUUAAGAACAAUUGAGCGGGAGCAUUAGUUUCAUUCGGAAUAAUAUAUGAUUUUUGAAAAUAUAUCUAUGUGUGAAGUACGUAAGUACUUUUUCUUGAAAAAGAUGAUACUCGAAAAAUCAAAAACGAAUGAGUUGGCUCUAUAUACAUGCGAAUGGAGGUUUCAAAACGUAGGUAACAAGGACAUUAGAUUUAGCAAAAAAUUCAACAAAUGCUAAAAGACUCUGUUACGAACAAUGCGACUAGUCGAAUUGUAAAAAAAAUGUUACGAGCUUUGACGAAUGUAAAAAAAUUGAACACUAGUAACAUUUUUCAAGAUUGUUCCAAGCUGAUAACUGGAGGCUGUAACAGUGAUAAUAAGAUAAUCUAAUUAAACCAGUCGGCAUUGAAUAAAUUAAACGGCCAAAACAAAA